GGAUGAUAAGUUGACAUAAGUCUACGCUUGCGCAUUUCAUCACUUCAAGCAAUGGCUGCUACCAGGAGACUGCAGAAGGAACUAGUUGACAUCCAGAAAAAGAUUGACGCUAAGACCAUCUCCUAUUGCAAAAGGGUCACAACAGAUGAUAAUAUUCUACUAUGGCAUUGUCUCAUUGUUCCUACUAAAAUGCCCUUCAAAGAAGGUCAAUUCUUGAUCGAUAUUGCUUUUCCUGCUGAAUAUCCCUUUAAGCCGCCUAAGAUUACAUUCAAGACACCAAUUUAUCACCCGAAUGUUGACGAAAAGGGGCAGGUGUGUUUGCCUAUUAUUAGUGCUGAAAACUGGAAGCCAGCAGUUAAAACAGACCAAGUGAUGCAAAGUCUGGUAGAUUUAGUGGAUGAACCAGAGCCUGAUCAUCCACUUCGUGCAGAUAUUGCUGAAGAAUAUGUAAAGAAUCGAGAAAGAUUCGACAAGAAAGCUCUGGAACUCGUGAAACAACAUGCUCAUGAUAAGGCAAAAUAAGAUGCUGUACGGUCUUGUAAUGACUUUCUGUUGUAGAAUGGUGGUUUGAAAUGCAUUGGUUGUCUGGUACUCCAACUGCAGGGAUUUGUAACUUUCACUUGUCUGUAAGCUGGAUUUGAGGUUGGGAAUGUGUGUGGGUAGGCGGGCGGAAAUAAAACACGUACCACAUGG